CGCAAGGCAUGCACGAACGACGGGUCCAAGCUUUCCUUCUCGGUUAUGAGCUCUGGCAAGUACUUGUCCUGAUCCAUCAUAUACCUCUCCCGAACACCGCGAGUGCAGGGCCAGAGGAAGACUGAGGAUGAAGACUGCAAUUGUGGUGCAUGGCGGAGCGUGGGCCAUACCGGACGCAUUAGCCGAAGCGUCGGUGGCUGGAGUCAAGUCUGCUGUGCGGACAGGCCACGCUGUCCUUGAGAAUGGAGGCAGCGCUCUCGACGCUGUGGAAAAAGCUGUUAGGUGUUUGGAAGACGACCCGGUGUUUGAUGCAGGUCAUGGUGCAGUACUAAAUACUGAUGGAGAAGUGGAGCUGGACAGUAUCAUCAUGGAUGGGAAAACACUUGCCACUGGAGCCAUUUCGUCUGUGAGAAACAUUGCUAACCCUGUUAGUCUGGCGCGUGCUGUGAUGGAAAAGACAGAUCACGUCAUGUUGACGGAUAGAGGGGCAAACAUGUUUGCUGAACGCAUUGGUUUCCCAGCAGUUCAUGAUUUGGUUACAGAGAUGGAGCGUGAGGAAUGGGAAAACUACAAGAAGUAUGCUGUUGGCUUCAAAGAGCUCUUCAACUUACAAUGUGCCUAUGAUACGGUUGGUGCGGUGGCUUUGGACACUUUCGGUAAUGUGGCGUGUGCUACGUCCACCGGAGGAAUACGAAACAAGAUGGUGGGAAGGGUCGGCGAUUCUCCGGUUAUAGGAUCUGGUGGCUAUGCAGACAACAGAAGUGGCGCAGUGUCCUGCACUGGACACGGAGAGUCUAUCCUCAAAGUCACCUUAGCCAGAUUAAUUCUCUUUCAUAUGGAGCAAGGGAAAUCAGCCACAGUAGCAGCAGACUCCUCACUGCAGUACAUGAGAGAGCGAGUACAGGGAGGUGGAGGGGCUAUUGUUGUGUCCCCCACAGGAGACUGGGCUGCCAGGUUCACCACACCACGUAUGGCUUGGGCCUCCAUAAAUGGGGACAUUCUGUUCUACGGAUUAAAUCCUUGAGAAGAGUUUACGGAGCCGAAAUGAUUUUUUCCUCUAUUUUUACAUUUGUAAGCAUAUGUAAGAAGUAUUUUCAAGUAUUUUUCAAAUAUUUUAGUAUUUACAAAAACAAAAGACACUUUUCUUGAGACCUUGAUUUACCAGUGUAUCUAUAUCAGUUUGGCAUGUAACCUAAAUGUAUGUAAAACCUUUAAGCGAACCUGUAGAAAAGUAUUUUAAGUCUCUGGCAGCACUUUUUCUUAAGGGAAAAAGAAAUGCUUCACAACCUUACUUAUGGUCUGAUGGGAUUUACACAAGUAUGAUUAUUAUAAAAUACAUUGACAAUUUUAUUGUUAAUUGGUAUAAUCUGAUGUAGGCUAUUUAAGUGUACUCAUUUGAAAGUUGAAAUCAGAGAAUGUAAUGUCUUUAUAAAGAUAAAGUAUAAUAAAGAUACAUAAAAUGUAAAAAAAAACAAUGGCACAAUCAACAUUUAGAACUAGUAGAGAUUUUGCGGAGAGUUAAUGCAU